ACAUCAUGGCUGCUUCUUGAUCUAGCAACGGUCAGUUCCAUUUGACUAAUCGUCCCCACUAGGGCUGAACAAGAGAUGUACGGUGUAGGAUGCCAACUUAAGGGCCCACCUUACCAACCUCUAUGCAUGAAAGGUAUAGAAAUGCCGGGAAGAAAUUUGGCCUGAUCAAAAUAGCCGCGAUAAAAAGGAACUGAAUGUAAAAAUAAGCACUAACUGGUGGUUUUUGUUUGUCGCAGGAUGACGUAUAGACAUGUGACGCGUGACUACAAAAAUCCUGGGCUGGCUCUAUUGGGCAGGUACUCUUGGGCAAUGUCACGGGAAGAUGACUCGAAACCCAUGGACGACGUCUCUAGCUUGCGUAUGAAGAUAGAUCAACAUGCGCCUUCAGCUUCCAUUUGCCUCAGCAGCCGAUUCCUGAUCUGGAAGUCGUGCGGAAUUAGCUUCUGUCUGGCUGGGUGCAUCAUCCUGGUCUGGCUAUUUUUUUGGAGAGAACUAACAAAGUUUUCACAGUUGAAUAGGAAUUAGUAGUGACUUUCAUGUUCAUGUCAUUUAUUACUAGCUACUACUAUCUA